AUGCUGAGCCGAUCGAACACGGAGAUUUUUGAUGAGGACGCCCAGGGAGUGAAUACGAACUUGUACUACAUAUUAGUCCUGACCUGCAAGGACAAGGCGCAGGGCAUAGUGAAGAGUGUCGCAGCUGGAGAGGGACUGGAAGCAUGGAUAUUGUUGUGUGUUGAGUUCGAGCCGAAGGUUCCCUCCAGGUUCUCAGGCAUGCUGGAUGCGAUAUUAUACCCGAUGAUGCAGGAGCAUGUCCCGAUCAAAGGCAUCGUUUCCUGGGAGACUAUGGUGCAGGGGUAUGAGGAGCAAACGGGAGAGAAGGUGAUGGAGUCGAUCAAGAAGUCAGUGAUCAGCACCCGCCUAGUACCGCAGAAGCUGAGAGCACCUGAUGUUGAAUGCGACCAGGUUUACUACGUGCGCGUUGGUGAGAGCAGAGGUGCUGAACUACCUGAGAUCAAAACAGGCGGCGCUGGCACUCAGCGGGCCUGCGCCGAUGAAGGCAAAGACAACAGUGGUGAUGGUUAUGACCAGAGAGGCGCCCCGCAGUGCAAGUAUUGCUUGAAGAAGGGUCACGCGCGCAAGGAGUGCAGGAAGGCAACGCAGGACAUUGGGGAUGGUAAGAUCAACAAAGACGGGAUCCGAAGGAUUAGUAAAAGCAACGGCAAAGGCGAGGGCAAUAAUGAUAAGACGAAGGCGCCGACGCCCAAGCCCACGGACAAGGAUGCUAGUUAUUGGGGUCCAGACUACGACGCCGAAGAGGGCUGCGUCUUCAUGGUUGAGACUAGCGAGGACGAGGAGUUUGAUCACAAUGAGAAGUUAGAUCACAAUGGGGAGACGGAGAAGGAGCCCAAUUACGACGAGCACGAGAAUGACGAGAGCGUUCUGAUUCCGAUAAAUGAGUUUUACCAGGAGGACGGUGGGAAUAUCGAGAUUAUGGGCGUGUGGCUCGAUGACGAUGGAGGCGCAGUGCUUGACCCCACGAUGCGCAAUCAUAUCAAUGAGCUGAUAAAGAAGGAAGGUAGCAAGUCGCUCAAGCUCUCGGAGAGGCGUGGCAUCUACAGCUUCGAUGUGGGCGCGCGUUCGCUCUGCCCACUCCCAGUGGCAGAAGAUCAGGUGCCGGAGCCCCUGGGGCCGCUGGAGAGCGAGGAGGCGCAGCUGCCCAGGAGGAGGAAGGAAAGGUGCAAGCGGGCAGCGGGGGAGAUCGCCACCCACGAGAGGACUCAUAUGCCAUUUCGUGACUGGUGUGAGUGGUGUCUUUGGGGCCGAGGUAAGUGGGAUGGUCGAAUGAAGGCUAAUCCCGACGAAGCGCCGACGAUGUCUGUGAGCAGCCUGUACUACUGCUUCGUGAACGCCGAGACGGGGGCGGACAUGGUCGCGACCUUGGUUAUGGUGCAGAAGCCAGAGGAUUGCGCAGCGGCGAUCGUGGUGAUUCACAAGGGGCCCAGCGAGUACGUCAAUUCAGCUGAGGGUUUUUAG